AUGAUAGACGCAGAGAAUGUUCAGGAUGUGUUACGGACGGAUCUAACGACCGCCAUCCCUGAUUCAAUUCGAUCCAAGAUCGUUUCAUUGCCUCCUUUUAUUACAGUUCCAGGCGUGUCGAAUUUUCGUGACUUGAGUCACGAUACUAAACUACGCCCAGGCUUCGUAUAUCGCGCUGGGAAUCUAUCAGAUAUCAGUGACGAGGGCAAAGAAGUCAUUUCAAAAGACUUAGGUGUCACCACAAUCUUUGAUCUCCGCAAUUCCAGCGAAAGAGAGCGAGCGCCCAGCCCAGACAUACCUGGGACAGUCACAAUAUGGGAGCCUUAUGGCCAUAGACCUGCGUCCAUCAAUCUUCGCGACUUUGCAAAAGAGGACUACGGGAUCACGGGCUUCGAGAAGAUGUACACGGGGAUCCUCGAUGCCUCGCAGCCGAUUCUCACCCAUAUUUUCACCCAUAUCCGGGAUGAGCCCAACGAUCCAUUCAUCUACCAUUGUUCGGCCGGGAAAGACCGAACAGGUGUUGUGUCAGCUCUCAUCUUACUCCUCGUUGGUCAUAGCCAUGAGGAAAUCGUGGACGACUACAUGUUCACCCGUGUCGCCCUGGAGGAAGCACGGGAAAACCUAACGGCGGCCCUCGCCAUGGGCUCUGGGACUGACCAUCUGAGCCCUGAGGCUAUGGGGAUGAUCCAGCUCAGUGGAGUGUCGGCCAAAGCCAUGGCUACAUUUCUAGACACCUUUCAAGCCAAGUAUGGCGGGAUUGAGUUCUUCUUGAUCACCACGCUUGGAUUCACCCCAGAUGAUGUUGAGCAGAUGCGCAAGAAUCUGGUAGAGUCGUGA